AUGGAGGAUGAAAUUGAUGAAUGUAUCAGAAAUCGAAUUCAAUGGCCUCAACUACCUACAGGUGUAAAGAAGCUCUUGGGUGAUUCUCCUAAAGAAUAUGAGAGAUACAUUUUUGAGUUUAGUAUUAAAAACCAACUGCGCUACAGAGGUAGUCUUGUGCGGACAGUUCGUAAAGAUGAGAGAAAGUAUUAUGAGGUCCUUGUGCAGAGCAGUAUACAGAGGCUCAUGCUCUAUCCCUAUCACCUAGCAGACAUGAUUGUGAAGGGAUUAAGAAUAACUCCAUUUAUAUACUAUGUGGAAGUAGUCGUCCUAUUGAUUGAAAUGGAGAAAAGUUAUGAUACCAUGCCUAAUUUUACAGCUGCUGAUUGUCUCCGUCUCCUAGGAAUUGGGCGUAAUGAAUAUCUAGAACUUAUAGCUAAAGCGCGAUCAUUAAGAAGGCGUGGGCGGUCCAAGGCGAUCCGUGCACUUCUGCCUCGAGUUCCCCUCAAUAUACCCAUGCUUCCAUGGUGGCGCGUUGAGUUAGGUUAUGUCCUUGAAGAAGACGUAAAGCCUUUAAGUGAUAGCGAGAAGGCGCUAAUUGAUUUACUAAUAGACCGCGGUUCGCAAACAGCUGGUACACUGGACUACAACAUCGUCAAAACAUUGUAUAGACGGGGCUUGAUCUAUCUGGACGUGCCGAUCACCUCUGCGGACAAAGUGUCUGUACCACCACUAAAGGGUUUCGUAAUGAACCGAAUCGCGGGCGACUACUUCGAGACAUUACUCUACAAGGUGUUCGUAUCUGUUGAUGAGCACACAAGCGUCGCCGAGUUGGCAGCGGUGUUACAGGUGGACUGCGAGCUGGUUAAACAAGCGAUAUCAUUGUACUGUAGACUGGGUUUCGCCAACAACUUGAAUCCGCCGCCAGUUUCGCCGCAGCACCCGUCCUGGAACGAUGCCGUCACCACACACAAACAUCAACCAUACAGACAAAUAGCACCCCUGACGUUUGACCCUAACGUAGAUGAAGAUGCGUUACAAAUGGAGCCAGUACUUAUAAAAGACGCACCAUCCACUUCGAAACAGAGUUCCCAAGAUAUAUGUGAUAUUGCAACAAACAACAGCGGGCAAAGAGUGGCAGUUCUUUUUGAUUCAACUCUUGCUGCGUAUCUUAUGAUGGGUAACUUAUCGCCGGAUCUUAAGAGUCAUGCGGUGACGCUGUUCGAAGUUGGAAAACUAUGUGAUGAGAGCUUAGACAGUUUACUUAUGGAGUUGGAUAAGGUCGUCGCUGAUCCUGAAAUUGAGGGCGAAGCCCGACGGUACUUAGCAGCCGCCGCGUGCUUGCGGAUAGCACUACGUACAUUAAGGCCGAGUCUUCGCCCUCUUGAUUUGUUGCGAUGCGAAGCCCUUCAUGCUCUCGGACCUGCUGCGAGGGCACGUCUUUUUGCUACUAAAUAUAGAUUGGCGAUCUCAACUGCACCCUUAUCACGCGAAGCUCGAGCUGGUGCCGUGGCCGGAGCGCUUCCGCAUUUGGGCCCCGCGCCCCCGGAGGCCUCGUCCCCGUGGAUGCGCCUCUACCUCUACCACGUCGCCGGUUAUGGGCCGCCCACAUUGCUGCUCACCAAAGGUACGGUGUUGCGCGGCGUGCCGCGUGCACUGCUGGGGUUCGCGCGGUUGUGCGUGUGGUGGUGGGGCGCGGAGGGCGAGGGCACCGCGCUGCCCGCCGCCGCCGCGCUCGCCGCCGCCAACUCGGCGCUGCGCCGCGCGCCCGUGCUGCUGCAGGCCGCCGCCGUGCGCCAGCAGCCGCGCCUGCGCUACUUACCCUUCCCGCCGCACCACGACGGUGAGUGCGCCGCGCCCGUGCUGCUGCAGGCCGCCGCCGUGCGCCAGCAGCCGCGCCUGCGCUACUUACCCUUCCCGCCGCACCACGACGGUGAGUGCGCCGCGCCCGUGCUGCUGCAGGCCGCCGCCGUGCGCCAGCAGCCGCGCCUGCGCUACUUACCCUUCCCGCCGCACCACGACGGUGAGUGCGCCGCGCCCGUGCUGCUGCAGGCCGCCGCCGUGCGCCAGCAGCCGCGCCUGCGCUACUUACCCUUCCCGCCGCACCACGACGGUGAGUGCGCCGCGCCCGUGCUGCUGCAGGCCGCCGCCGUGCGCCAGCAGCCGCGCCUGCGCUACUUACCCUUCCCGCCGCACCACGACGGUGAGUGCGCCGCGCCCGUGCUGCUGCAGGCCGCCGCCGUGCGCCAGCAGCCGCGCCUGCGCUACUUACCCUUCCCGCCGCACCACGACGGUGAGUGCGCCGCGCCCGUGCUGCUGCAGGCCGCCGCCGUGCGCCAGCAGCCGCGCCUGCGCUACUUACCCUUCCCGCCGCACCACGACGGUGAGUGCGCCGCGCCCGUGCUGCUGCAGGCCGCCGCCGUGCGCCAGCAGCCGCGCCUGCGCUACUUACCCUUCCCGCCGCACCACGACGGUGAGUGCGCCGCGCCCGUGCUGCUGCAGGCCGCCGCCGUGCGCCAGCAGCCGCGCCUGCGCUACUUACCCUUCCCGCCGCACCACGACGGUGAGUGCGCCGCGCCCGUGCUGCUGCAGGCCGCCGCCGUGCGCCAGCAGCCGCGCCUGCGCUACUUACCCUUCCCGCCGCACCACGACGGUGAGUGCGCCGCGCCCGUGCUGCUGCAGGCCGCCGCCGUGCGCCAGCAGCCGCGCCUGCGCUACUUACCCUUCCCGCCGCACCACGACGGUGAGUGCGCCGCGCCCGUGCUGCUGCAGGCCGCCGCCGUGCGCCAGCAGCCGCGCCUGCGCUACUUACCCUUCCCGCCGCACCACGACGGUGAGUGCGCCGCGCCCGUGCUGCUGCAGGCCGCCGCCGUGCGCCAGCAGCCGCGCCUGCGCUACUUACCCUUCCCGCCGCACCACGACGGUGAGUGCGCCGCGCCCGUGCUGCUGCAGGCCGCCGCCGUGCGCCAGCAGCCGCGCCUGCGCUACUUACCCUUCCCGCCGCACCACGACGGGGCUGCGGCGGAGGGGCAGGCUGCGGCUGCGGGGGAGGGGGAGGCGGAGGGGCAGGCGCUGUGGCGGUCGCACGGCGGGCUGCGGCGGCUGGCGCGGCGCCUGCGGCUGGCGCGCGCGGCGGGCUGCGUGGCGCUGGCCGACAUCGGCGUGCCCGACCUGGGCUGCGCGCGCCCGCCCGCGCAAGUACACCUCGUACCUCCGCGAAAGAAGAAAGAAGUGUGCGGUGUAGCAAAACCUUUAAGCGAGGUUUCCUUAUCCUCUAAUGAUUCGGUCGAUAAAACAACGGAAUAUGCCAAGCCUGUUAAUAGUAGAUUGCAAUCACCUAUAGAGACCCAUUUUGCUGUUACACCUACAACAGAAAGCAAAACAAGUUCACCUGCCAAUGGUUUCACCAGCGCCGAAGGUGGAAAACUGCUUUGCGAGGAACUUGAUAAUCUAAACAUCGGUGACGAUUUGAUCCACCGAAGUAAGGAAUCUAUUUGUGCCAGCGACGACUUCGUUGCGAUACAUUCGUCUUCUAACAGUAUCGAGGAACUUAAAAAGCAUAGCUCUGAUAAAUCAAUAAGUAAGGAGUCGAUUUCAUUCUCCGACGAUUUAGUUCCAAUACACUCAUCGUCAACUAGUGUCGAAAAUUUGAAAUUUGAUCCGAAAAAGAAGGAAGAUGAUAAAGCAACGAGUCAAUUGAAUGAUUUAUUGAGUCCUGCUGAGGAGUCUGUAUCGAUGUUUACUCAGUUGUCAGAUAAAUUGACGGAGAUUACUGAAGGAGAUAGCGGCGUUGACACCGCACACAAUUUCUCUGAUGAAGAGGCAUGCAAACCAGAGAAAUGGACUAUUUUGGAUCUUCAGUUUGGCAUUCCAUUAUUUGAUGAGGCUCUUUGUGAACGAGUAUGUCAAAGUAUUGUAGAUAGAAUAGCAAAACCAGAAAUACUAGAAAAAAUUAAAGAAGACAACGAGUUUAUUCGUUCGGAUGUACUAAAAUUUGUUUCGCAGUGUCAGUACUAUCCCGGCGAAGAUAUGGGCAUUGUUAAGCGCGGUACUCUAGUUCCCUUGCCGAGGAAGAAUUUGGUGUUUGAGAACGGGAGAAUUACAGAGUGGAACGGGAAAUGA